UCGGGGUCAUUUUGUCCAUCCGUGUAUGUCGAGACAUGAUGACCGGCCGCUCGCUGGGAUACGCGUGCGUCAACUUCCAGCAGCUCGCAGACGGUAAAUAAUCAGAACAAUAAUCAUAAGAAGAAGAAGAAUUAAAGCGUCGUCCCUUCUUGCGCAUUUAGUGAGUGAGUACAUGACGCACAUCGGUCCCAAUCACAGCCGAACACACACUGGACACCAUGAACUUCGACCUGAUCAAGGGGCAGCCCAUGCGCAUAAUGUGGUGGCAGCGGGACCCCACGCUGCGGGAGAGCGGCGUGGGCAACAUCUUCAUCAAGAACCUGGACCGCUCCAUCGACAACAACGUCCUGUACGACAUCUUCUCCAUCUUCGGCAAUAUCCUGUCCGGCAAGGUGGUGUGCGACGAGCACGGCUCCAAAGGUUACGGCUUUGUGCACUUUGAGACUCAGGAGGCGGCCGAGCGAGCCAUUGCCGAGAUGAACGGCGAGCUGCUCAAGGACCGGAAAGUCUUUGUGGGCCACUUCAAAUCCCGCAAGGAGCGCGAGGCCGAGCUGGCGGUCCAAGCCAAGGAGUUCACCAACGUUUACGUGAAAAACUUUGGCGUGGACGUGGACGACAACACGCUGAGGGAGAUCUUCAAGACGUUCGGAAGCACCACCAGCGUCCGCGUCAUUAUGGACGAACGCGGCUCAUGCCGGGGCUUCGGCUUUGUCAGCUUUGCCAGGCACGAGGACGCCCAGAAGGCAGUGGACGAGAUGAACGGGAAGGAGCUCCACGGCAGGAUGAUCUACGUCAGCCGCGCCCAGAAGAAGGUGGAGCGGCAGGCCGAGCUCAAGCGCAAGUUUGAGCAGAUAAAGCAAGAUCGCAUCUCCCGCAGCCAGGGUGUCAACUUGUACGUGAAGAAUCUCGACGACGGCAUUGACGACGAGUGCCUGCGAAAGGAGUUCGCGUCCUUCGGCACCAUAACCAGCGCCAAGGUGAUGACGAAGGGCGGGCGCAGCAAAGGCUUCGGCUUCGUCUGCUUCUCGUCGCCGGAGGAGGCCGGCAAGGCGGUGGCGGAGAUGAAUGGCCGCAACGUUUCCACCAAGCCGCUCUUCGUGGCGCUGGCCCAGAGGAAGGAGGAGCGCCAGGCCUACCUGACCCGCCAGCACAUUCAACGCAUGACCAGCGCGCGGCCCGUGCCCAACCAGGUCAUCAACCCCUACCAGGCAGCGCCGCCCCCGGCGUACUUCCUAGCGCCGAUCCCUCAGGCGCAGAACCGCACUGCCGCUUACUUCCCGGCGGCCGCCCAGGUGGCGCAGCUGUGUCCGAGCCCUCGCUGGGCCACCGCGGGUGCCUGCUCAGAACACUACCAGAACCUCCCUGCCGGCGUACGGACUUCGGCGUCGAGUCCGCCCGGGCCCGCCUCUCAACCGCCCCGUUUGAUGUCCGGCCAGCGUGCACCGUCCCAGGCUCUGAGCCCCCAGCCCGACACCCCGCUCGCCGCCGUGUGUGCGGUUCCGCAGUACAUGUUCGCCCCUGGAAUCCGCAGCUCCUCGAACCACAUGCCGCCUACACAGCCGACCGGCCACACUCCGAAGCCUCUGACGGCGUCCGUGUUGGCUUCUGCUCCUCCGCUGGAGCAGAAGCAGAUGCUCGGCGAGUGUUUAUUCCCGCUCAUCCAGAACAUGCAUCAAGACCUGGUGGGGAAGAUCACCGGCAUGCUGCUGGAGAUCGACAACUCGGAGCUGCUCCACAUGCUGGAGUCGCCCGAGUCGCUCAGCUCAAAGGUGGACGAGGCCGUGGCCGUGCUACAGGCCCAUCAGGUCAAAGAGUCGUGCCAGAAUUCUUACUGAUGCUCCACAAACCCAACCCGAG